AUUCCUGGCAGUCUCGCCAGCUGCGGGUCCUUCGGGGGCUCCGCAACUUUCCUUCCGUCAGUGUCAGCUCCUUGCCACCCUCAUCUCCAGCAUGCCUGGUCCGACCCCCAGUGGCACUAAUGUGGGAUCCUCAGGACACUCUCCCAGCAAAGCCGUGGCCGCCCGGGCGGCAAGAUCCACUGUCCGGCAGAGGAAAAAUGCCAGCUGUGGGACAAGGAGCGCAGGCCGCACGACCUCGGCAGGCACAUGGCGGAUGUGGCGAUUCUACACAGAAGAUUCACCUGGGCUCAAAGUUGGUCCUGUUCCAGUAUUGGUUAUGAGCCUUCUGUUCAUCUCUUCUGUAUUUAUGUUGCACAUUUGGGGCAAGUACACUCGUUUGUAGAUUCAGUUACAUCCAUCUGUCAUCUGAAGAAGGAGGAAAAAACCCAUCAUUUCUUGGACCAAAAGUAUAGUGACUAUCUGUUCAUGAGAGAAAUUUUCUGUAAGCUUGCUGUUUUACAGGGGAUUUAUCAAUAAUUGAUUUAGAGGAGUCAGUUUUUUUCUAUGGCUAAUAAACUUUUUAAUUCACUUACAACAAAAAAAAAGAACAAUCCUGUUUUUCCAAUUGUGCUUUUCUAAUUGUGCCCGAAUUUGAAACACUUUCUCUUUACUUUGU